GGAGGUUGAAGGGGAGGGGUGGGUCCCUAUAAGAGCAGCUGCCUCCAGCCUCCACGUAGCCAGAGAAACCACGCCGAGACUGAGGGAAGGAAACGUAUACGCUGACGAACCUCAAGACCCCUACAGGCACCCACAACCUCCCCCCGACACAGACGGUGGGACCAUGAAGACCGUGGUGGCACUGCUGCUGCUCUGUCUGUGUGACCCUGGACAGAGCGACUGCCAGGCGGACUGCGUCUCCUGCAGCAACAUGCUGCCUAGACAGCUCAGUUUCAACCCCAUGGUGUGUCUCACUGAGUGCGAGGCCGACGUCUCCCCCAACUUCUUCUGGGACUUCUGUGGUAAAGUGCUGUCAUCUCCAAUUUCCACCCUUGCGGGUACCAUACAGAAAAGAUCUCGGGAGGAGGUGGAGGCCCUGUUUUCUGAGGAGGAGGAAGAGGAGGAGCCGCUGAAGGAGGGUCUGUUGCUGCCCUUUGCCCCGCAGAGGUACAAUCCCAUGACCCGGGCCCUGGGGCUGGAUGAGAGGCAUCAGUUGAACACUGCCCACAAUGCCCCGAAUGCCCCGUCUCUUGAGGAUGAGUACGAGGAGGAUGCAGGGCAAGAAGAAGGAGGAGCCACUGACAUGGCAGCAGGAGGACAGGACGGUGCAGGGCUGAGCGUUUUCAAGAGGUUCGGCGGCUUCGUCAAAGGGAGGCACGGCUACAGGAAGCUGAUCUCUCCUGGGAGAUUGUACCAGAAGAGGUACGGUGGCUUCGUCGGCAUUCGGAAGUCGGCCCGCAAGUGGAACAACCAAAAACGUUUCAGCGACUUGCUGAAGCAGUAUCUGGGGAGGAGCGCAAAGGCCACUGAGCUCAACAGCGUGUCAAAGGACCUCGACCAGCAGAAUGAGGUUUAGCAGACCUUUGCGGCACUAACACGAAACUAUGAUAUGCUCCAAUGUCAAACUGUAACCGGCGUCACCAAAGUCUACCGAUUCAAGUUAAUUACCAAAAAGUGCAAACUAAGCCCGUAAUCUAAGACUACCAUCGCAAGCCUCUUUGUCUCAUGACAUACGCGUGGCCGCUUCUGUUUUACAUCCUUUUUAAUUAUGAUGAAAACUAUUACUAGACCUUGAUUUCUACAUUCCCAAGAGGAUAAAUGCUCCAGUAGAAAAAGAAAACGCUCCUUCUGAGUAAGGACACUAAAUUUGGGGCUCCCAUUUAGUGCCACCAUGUAUGCAACAUGGUUCAUUUGAGUAUCUGCCAAGCCGCGCUCCUCCGACGCUUUGAAGGAAGGGGGAUUUACAGUACAAUAUAGGCUCUGAUUUACAGUUUAAUGUGAGCCGCUAGGUUAACGUUGGCAUAAUUAUUUGCUAUUAAAAUUCCCUUUAUAUAGUUUGAUUGCCUAAUUAAUUACUGUGCUGGGUCAUGUGUUACAAGUGCUUCAUCUUCUUAAAUGUAGUCCUCUACCUUUUUUUGGGGGUGGGUCAUUACUGUUGACAGCAUGUCAUUGGUAAAACCGUUCCUUACGCAGUCUUUUAAUGGACAACACCAGUGUUUUUUUAUGUUUUGCCAUAAUGGUUAAGGCAAUGCUAGCAGUAAUGUGAUGUAUUAUGUAUGUGAUUUGUGGUAAAUAAAUGCAAAAAGAUGGAAAAACUCCGCUAAAGGGAACUGAUUGAUUGUGCCAAAACACGUGUGAGACGUGGCUACUGAGACAUGUUCGAUGAAAAAAAUCUCUUCUUCAACUGGUGCGACAGUGAAGUGAAAGAUAACACAGCACUCAAUACUCGUACGCGUAUAUUCUACAUUUCUGUUUGCCAAACGGAUGUGUUGUACAAGUGAGCAUCAUCUCAGACCUGCUGUUGUGUCCAGAUGCCAGAUCUCUGUAUGUAUAAAUUAUACUGAACUUUUUCUUUUCUUCCAACUGUAAUGGUGUAAAAUGUUGCUAACAUCGAUAACUUGUAAAUAGCUCAACCUAAACAUUGUCGAAUAAAAAUAGUUUACUAUUUCUGUCUGAUUCUGA